UUAUCGCGCAAUUGUCAGAUAAGUAUCGGUCCUAAUCUACGUCGUUCAGUAAUACGAAAAAGUGUGCGCGGAGGUACGAGGUCUGAUUCGCUUUAUCGUGAAAAACCGCACGGAUCUUUCGCUGAAACGCUGCGAUCAUGAAGAAGAUGCAGGGGAUGAGUUUUGCGAGCGUGAUGAAGAAUCCGGCUCUGUUCCCACUGUACUUCUGUGUAGGAGUAGCAGCCACCGGUGCGACUUUGUACACGUUACGCUUGGCGUUUCGCGCCACCGAUGUUUCCUGGGUGAACAAGCGGGAGGCCGAGCCAUGGAACUACUACAAGGACAAAUCAUAUAAGUUUUUACAUUUUUCAAAAGAUGAACCCAGGCAAGCCAAGUGCCAAGCGCCCGAGUAUUGAGCUACGCUGUUUAAACUAUUAUAGUUUUAUUAUAAGAAUAAAUUGUGAUAUAUAUAAGUCGCUAUUUCUAAGCGCUUUUGUUUUUACUUAGAAAACGUAUGUCUUAAAAAUAUAUUUAAAAAAUUAUUAAAAUUCUUAUGACGUGUUUGAAAAUUAUCAGAAAAA